AUGUCUAUAGAUUUGCUCUUCUCGCUUCCAUCGCUCACCCGCUCUACUCGCGCGGGAGUCCUCACGUCUCCCUCUAUAGAUUCGGACCUUUCUCGUGCCAACAUGCUACCUUCCCCCGUCUUCCUUCUUCCCUCCUCCCCACUCUCCCCCCCUCCCCUCCGGCCCCCCUCUUCCCCACUCCUCUCCCUCCCCCUUCGUGUUGACGCGUCGUCGUCGCGUGUGCGCAGCGCCGCUCUCCUUCGCGCUGUUGCCGGCGAUGCAAAUCUGCCAGUGACGGCCGAACGGCAGACGCGGCAAGAGUCUGCCGGGUGGCCGGCAGUGGCCGUCAAGUUGCCUCAGCAAGCACCGGCGAGGGAAAGUGAAGAGCAUGGGAGGAUUGCGCAAGGGAAGGUUCUAGGAAGGUCGCUGCUGGAGCUGAUCCACCAGGAUGAAGUCAGGAAAGUCAAGCACAAAACCACCCCUCUGCACCCUUUUGCACCCCUUUUGACCCCCCAUUCCCUCUACUCCUCCCCUGCUGCAGCACGCCACAGCGAAUGUGGAGCUGGCAACGAAUCUGGCGCAGGUGAAGCCCCCCACCUUGCCUCAUGCACUUUGAGUCCAUACAAACCCAACACCACCACCCUGCACCCCCCUCCACUCCUCCAGGCGCAGCUGCUGCAGCACGCCACAGCAUGUGCGGAGCUGGCAACGAAUCUGGCGCAGGUGAAGCCCCCCGACCCCGUCUCAUGGGGGGACGCUGUUGAGAAACACUACGGGACUCGCCCCUCGCCCCAUGCAGCACCCCCGCCCCAUGCGCCUCCCCCACCCCAUGUGGCACCCCCGCCUCAUGCGCCACCGCCCCAUGCAUCCCCUCCCCAUGGCCCCCCUGCUGCUGCUGCUGCUGCUGCUUCUGCUGCUGCUGCUUCUGCUGCUGCUGCUGACCCGUCCCAUCCGCCUGCUGCUGCUGUCGUGCCCCAUGCAGCUACUGCUGCCGCUACUGCGACUGCUCCUUCCGCUCACCAUCCUGCUGCCACCCCUCCCAACGCUGCCAGUGCCCCCCACCACCCCAGCCACCCCAACCAGGCCAUUUCCGCCAGCCCCCCCCCACAGCACCUCACAUGCGCCCAUCACCCCAGCGCACCCAGUGCUCCCACCGUCUCCAGUGCCCCCGCCGCCCCCAGCGCCCCCAUGGUCUCCAAUGCCCCCGCCGCCCCCGGUGCCCCCGCCGCCCCCAGUGCCCCCGCCGCCCCCGGUGCCCCCGCCGCCCCCGGUGCCCCCGCCGCCCCCAGCGCCUCCGCUCCCCCGCCCCUCAAGCUUCACCCCCAGCAGCGGCGCAGGCGGAGGGGGAGGCGGCGCACACAGGCAGUGGGGCGGCGGGCGGACGGUUAUCCUGACCACUUCUGGCCCUCCUAUCCCCCUGACGAGACCCCCCCUCCGCCUGCGCCUGCUCUCCAUGGUGCGUGCCCGUCCUCGUACUCUACUCACCACCUUGCUGCGCCCCUCCACGCCAUGGAGCCCAUCCUGGUGUUUUCCAGCAGCAUGGCGCUCAUAGAGUGCAACGACGCGACAGUAUGGUUGAUGCGCUGCCCUCAAUCAAUGUGCCACCCCUCUUUCCCCUCCUUUCCCUCCGCCCCCAAUCUCCACCCCUUUCCCACCCCCUCUUACCAGGAGCCCAUCCUGGUGUUUUCCAGCAGCAUGGCGCUCAUAGAGUGCAACGACGCGGCGGUGCGGUUGAUGCGCUUCCGCAGCCGAGCCGACGCCCUGGCCAACUUCCGAGUGGCCAAGAUGAGCCCCGAGUUCCAGCCUGAUGGACGGCGGUCAAGGGAGGCUAUAUUGGGGAUGCAUGGGAGGAUGAUGAGCGGCGAGGUGGUGGAGUUUGAGUGGUGCCACCUCACUGCUGACGGCCACCCCAUCAUGCUGCAGGUGAAGGUGACGAUCAUAGAAAUCGGCGGCGAGUCAUGCCUCUUCGCCAUGCGGCACGACUUAACCGAGUCCAAGCGCAAGGAGGAGGAGGAGGGGGAAGCUCAUUGGCGGCGAGUCGUGCCUGCUAGCCGUGUGGCACCACCUCACCGAGUCCAAUCCAAGCGCAAGGAGGAGGAGCUCCGAGCAGCCAAAGGCGCAGCCGAGGCAGCGAGCGAAUCACAUCCUCAUUCAGUCACAACCUCAUGCACGUGUUCUUAUUCGCCCCAACUGCUGCAGGUGAAGGUGAAGAUCAUAGAGAUCGGAGGCGAAUCCUGUCUCCUAGCCGUGUGGCACGACUUAACCGAGUCCAAGCGCAAGGAGGAGGAGCUCCGAGCAGCCAGAGACGCAGCGGAGGCAGCGAGCGAGGCGAAGAACCGGUUCCUGGCGAACAUGAGCCAUGAGCUGCGCACCCCCAUGAAUGGCGUCAUCGGUGUCGCCGAGCUGCUCCUCCGCACGCCCCUCACCCCGCAGCAGCGCUCCUACGUCGACGUUAUUUCUUCCUCCGGCACCGCGCUCAUCCAUAUCAUAUCGGAUGUGCUGGAUAUUACCAAGAUCGAGGCGCAUGCGCUGGUGUUGGACCGGAAUCCGUUCGAUUUAAGGAGGACGCUAACGCAGUGCCUUGCUGUUGUGCGCACUGCUGCUGACGGCAAGGGGCUCAAGGUGGGUGCGUGCGUUGAUGGAAAGGUGGGAAGCGGUGCAGUACGUGCGGUGGACGUGCUUGCGCAUGCGCUGGUGUGGGCGAGGGCAUGGCGGCGUGUGUGUAGGGGGGUCAUCUCCACUCCAUGUAAUAACUCCACCAUCUUCCCCUGCCCGCCCCCCUCCCCCACCCGUUGCCUCCCACUAUCGCAGCUGCACAGCCAUGUGGGGGAGGGCGUGCCGGCGUGUGUGUUGGGAGACCAGUUUCGCGUGCGCCAGAUCCUGCUCAACCUGCUCUCCAAUGCCAUCAAGUUCACUGACAGACGUCUGCAGCAGUGCGAAGCCCUAAUCCGCUCUCUUACUGCUUCUUCCCUCUUCUUCCCCUUGCUGCGUGCCCCUUGUAGGGGAGAGGUGGAGGUGCAAAAACCGUUUGCAGCGCCGCACGCACCGCCACUGCAUCCCCCUCUCCCUGUGCCGUCCCUCUCCUUCCCUGCAGCAGCACCACCCAUCCGCACGUGCCACUCUGCCACCCACAUGAGCGCUCUGGCCGAGGGUGUGAGCGAGGGCCCUUGUGAGGCAGGUGAAAGGGGCAGUGAGGGCAAGCAAGGGGUGGCUUGUGAGGCGAGUCAAAAAGCAUGCCGGGCGGGUGAAGGGAGCUUUAAGGGGGCGCAGGCGGGAGCGCAGCAGGGGUCGGUGGGUAAGGCCCCUCCUGCCAAACGGGCUCGUGUGGGCGGGUGCCAUAGGGGUGGAGGCCGUGGGUUGAGUGCUGGGGGUAGGGGAGGGCGUGGGAGGCAUGAAGAGGAAGGGGGAGGACGGGAGGUCCAAAAGGGAGAACAGGGUGGGGGAGGGGGAGGGGCAGGAGGAGGAGGAGGAGGAGGAGGAGGAGGAGGAGGAGGAGGAGGAGGAGGAGGAGGAGGAGGAGGAGGGGCAGGAGGAGGGGGAGGAGGAGGCGGCAAAGAGAGUGGGGUGCGUCUCGCACGCCAAGCUUCGUGGAAUGCUCCUGGGGCUGUGCUGGCUCGGGCCGACGCUGCUGCCGAUGCUGCUGUGGUGGCUGGGGGAGCUGUGUUGACUGGCUUGGGUGGUGGGACGGGGGUGAUUGAGGGGGAAGGGCUGGCCGGUAGCGAGAAGCCAGUGCAGGUGCAGCGUGGUUCUGGAGAGAUGCAAGGAGAGAGAGGAGCAGCGCAAGCAGAACAACCCGCAGAGGCAGGCGAGGCGGCGGUGGUGUGGGUGCGGAUAGAUGUGCAGGACACGGGCGUGGGGAUACCGGAGGAUCAGCUGGCGCGGCUGUUCACGCCGUUCCGGCAGGUGGACGACUCGUCGUGCCGCAAGCACGGCGGCACGGGCCUGGGUCUCUCCAUCUGUCGCUCGCUCGCCGCGCUCAUGGGGGGCUGCAUCUCCGUCGCCUCCUCCCCCCGCCAUGGCUCCACCUUCUCCCUCCACCUCCCCUUCUCUCCCUCCUCUGCCCCCCCUGCUUGCAGCGGGCAGGAGGCGGAUCUGAAGGUUGUUGGGAGUGCGUCUCUGCCUGAUGCGGUGGCGAUGCCGUUAAUGCCUGCUGAUGACCCUCUGGUGCAGCAGCAGCAGCGACAGAAGGAGGAGCGGCAGAGGCAGGAGCAGCAGAGGCAAGAGGAGCAGGAGGAGGAAGAGGAGGAAGGGGAGGAGUGGGAGGAGGGGCAGGAGGAGGAAGAAACGGAUUCUGCUCGUGGUGGGGGGUGUGGGUGUAAGUGGGGGGGCAGGAGGGGACUAGGGAAGGAGGAAAGAGAGGAGGGGAGUGGAGGAGAUGGUGUAAAUGCUGGUGGAGGAGGAGGAGGUGAGGUGCAAGAGGGGGAUACAGUGGAGAAAGGAAGAGAGGGAUGCCUCAGGUGCAGGGGGUGCCGCUUGAGUGCGAGGCAGGAGGUGACGAGGACAAGGCAGGUGCAGAGCAGAAGCAGAGGAUCGAGAGACUCGCCUGGUGUUUCUGGUGGUGCCGGUGAUGCUGGUGCUGCAACUGGUGCUGCUUCUGCUGGUGGCAGUAGUGGAGGCCCGUUCAGCGGGCUGCGGUGCCUGGUGGUGGAGGACAACGCGGUGAAUCGCAUGGUGGUGGUGCAGCUGCUGAGGAACCUGCGAGUCUCGUGUGAUGUGGCAGAGAAUGGGCACAAGGCCGUGGAGGCCUGCCGCUCCACCAACUACCAUGUCAUCUUCAUGGACUGUCAGAUGCCAGUGAUGGACGGCUUUGAAGCCACCACGCACAUCCGACGGCUGCAAGCCAUCCCUCACACCGCUGAAGCGGGAGUGGUGGGAGAAGCGAAUGCGGGUGAAGCAGUACCAGCAGGGAGGGGCGCACAGGGGGUGUGUAGUGGAAACGUUGACACAAGCCUGGCUCCCCAGCAGCAGCAGCAGCAGCAGCAGAUGGGUGUGAAAGCGCAGCAGCGGUCAGCUAUUUAUGCGUUGACAGCGAGUGUGUUGAAGCAUGAGAGGGACAAGUGUGCACGUGCAGGGAUGGAUGGCUUCCUGGCCAAGCCCAUCCGCAUGAGAGACCUGCAGCAGGUGCUACAGGAGGUGGUGCAUGGACAUACGACCUAG